GCAAGCUAAGGCUAGCGCCAUAGCCAAUUUGUACAACCGAGGCAGGUAUUUUUAGUUGGAAGGAGAAACAAACACCUAAAAGGAGCGAACGGUUCAGAUGCACGUAUUUUCUUCUGGAUAUCGCAAUGGUUUCUUCGCAGUGAAUCGGAAACCAUUCUGGACUUCUAGCUUGCUAGUUGGCUAACGUUAAUUCUCACGGACACGUUUCAUCAUUUAAAACACAAAAUCGAAUGUUGUUUUUGUCAUGAGUCCGGCCGGGUGUUCUCAUGUGAACGGGUAUAAAGUGGACAAUUGGAAGCAAAAUCUACGAGUCAUAUAUCAAUGCUUUGUAUGGAGUGGGACUGCUGAAACGAGGAGACGCAAGGUGCUUCAGAAUGAUGCGGGAUGGACGCCACUGGCCAAGUCGUGUAUCUGUCACAUGUGCGGUGCCCACCUCAACCGGCUGCACUCCUGUCUCUACUGCGUCUUCUUCGGGUGCUUCGCCAAGAAACACAUCCACGAGCAUGCCAAAAACAAACGACACAACCUAGCUAUAGACUUAUUAUACGGAGGCAUCUUCUGCUUUGUUUGUCAAGACUACAUAUAUGACAAAGACAUGGAACAGAUUGCCAAAGAGGAACAGAGAAAAGCCUGGAAAUUACAAGGUAUAGGGGAGAAGUACUCGACGUGGGAGCCCACUAAGAGAGAGCUGGAGUUAUUACGGCACAAUCCAAAGCGACGGAAAAUCACUAGUAACUGCACCAUAGGUUUACGGGGCUUAAUAAACCUUGGCAACACCUGUUUCAUGAACUGCAUCGUGCAGGCGCUCACACACACUCCGCUGCUGCGAGACUUCUUCCUCUCGGACAGACACAAGUGCGAGAUGCAAUCAAACUCCUGUCUAGUGUGCGAGAUGUCCCAGCUCUUUCAGGAGUUUUAUUCGGGGCACCGCUCUCCUCACAUUCCCUUCCGGCUGCUGCACCUGGUGUGGACUCACGCACGCCACCUAGCAGGCUACGAGCAGCAGGACGCCCACGAGUUCCUCAUCGCGGCCCUCGACGUCCUGCACCGCCAUUGCAAAGGUGACGACAAUGGCAAGAAGGCCAACAAUCCAAACCACUGUAACUGCAUCAUCGACCAAAUCUUCACCGGCGGCCUACAAUCGGACGUCACGUGCCAAGUGUGCCACGGUGUGUCCACCACGAUAGACCCCUUCUGGGACAUCAGCCUGGACCUGCCGGGCUCCUCCACCCCCUUCUGGCCCCUCAGUCCCGGCACUGACAGCAGCACGCUCAAUGGGGAGAGCCACCUCACCGGCUCCACCACACUCACGGACUGCCUACGGAGGUUUACUCGGCCCGAGCACCUGGGGAGCAGUGCCAAAAUCAAGUGUGGCGGUUGCCAUAGUUACCAGGAGUCCACGAAACAGCUGACCAUGAAGAAGCUGCCCAUCGUGGCUUGUUUCCACCUCAAGCGGUUUGAGCACUCGGCGAAGCUACGGCGGAAGAUCACCACCUAUGUCUCUUUCCCUCUGGAACUGGACAUGACGCCUUUCAUGGCAUCCAGUAAAGAGAGUCGAAUGAACGGCCAGUAUCAGCAGACGGUAGACGUCUUAAAUAACGAUAAUAAGUACUCGUUGUUUGCGGUGGUGAACCACCAGGGCACGCUGGAGAGUGGUCACUACACGAGCUUCAUCAGGCAGCACAGGGACCAGUGGUUUAAAUGUGACGACGCCAUCAUCACCAAAGCCAGCAUCAAGGAUGUGCUGGACAGUGAAGGGUAUUUGCUGUUCUACCAUAAGCAGUUCCUGGAAUACGAGUAGCCUUACCUGCACCUGCAUCUGCUGCUGGAGAAAAGCCCGCGAGCAGCCCCGCCCCUUCGCCGGCACCAGACGGCCCGUGAGACACAUGCAAACACACAACAACACACACCUCUUCUACCUGAAAACUCAACUGACUACCCACCUGCUCUCGGCCACGCCAAGCGAGGAAGACGAGUGGGACAGAGAGAAAAUAAACAAACAAACAAAACAAACGAGAAAAAAAAAGACAAAAAAUGAAAUGAUGCAACACGUUCAGCUGCACUGAGCGCACUUCUACUUGACGACGGGGGAGGACGGACGGCUGUGGGGAUGGGGGCAAACGACAGAAGAGGAGGAUGAAAGGGAGGAGAGGGAUGGAGGGAGGGAUGAGGGGUGUGAGGUAGGACGAGGGCAGUGCCCCCCUUUCUGACACGACCCAAGCAAGAUCCUUCGCUUUUCCCUUUCUUCACUUCUCCCUUCUCGCCUCCUCUGAGAUGAAGGGAUGCAUGGAGAAAAAGAAAAAAAAGAGGUGGAGGAGGAGGAGGAGAAGGGCACAUCUCAACUUCAACUACAGUAUUGUCUGAUUUAUUUUUUUUGUACUGUUUGGUUCUGUCGUCUUUUUUUUUUUUUUAGUUUUCUUUCUUUUCUCGUCCUCCCUCUAUGGUGCUCUGUCUUGUCGACCCAGCAUUAGAGGUGGGACAGAUUGGGACACUGUUCCUCACACAGAACUGAAUAUGAGAAGAAAAAAAAUCCCCACAAUGUGUGAUGGAAUAGAAAGGUAUUAAUGCACACAACAGAUUUUUUUGUUUUUAAAAAAGAGAAUAUGACAAGUAAUUAUGAUGCUUGUUUGUGACGUUUAGCUAUGAAAAUACUGUAUGACUCUGGGGGUUAUCUGACUAAGAAUGGGGUAAGUGGGACGGACUGAAAGAAUCACAUGGGCCACCUAAUUGGCCAAUAACAUGGCAAGUGUUGCCAUGGCAACUAAAAAAAAAAAAACAGAUUGGCCUGGACCUUUGUUUUGUUUUGUUUCCUUUUUGUUUUAUUACUUUUUUUUUACUUGUCUGUCUGUCCAUGGCAGAUGUUCAGGUCAUUGUCUUGUUUUGUCAUUUUGGGUUUUGAUAUUUUUAUUGGACUGUGGCUGCAACAGAUUGCGAGGGGGGAUAAAGUGGGGGGGGAGUCUUUGUCUUGGUUGUGAAAUGUUCUGGCUGUUCUAAUGAUUAUUAAAUGGGCACAAGGAGGUUGUCAGCAAUAUGUUCAGCAGCGACUCUUGAGUGUUGUAAGCUGAUAAUAAGCAACUGUCGACUCGUCACCCUCAGCCUACCAAAAACUGAUCAACUCUCAAUCGCACGUCUCACAUCUCUGGCUUCCUUAUCUUGGUCUCUCUGCAUUGUUUCUUCUCUCUUUUCACUUUCUCUGCC